AUGUCGUUCGCCGCCCUCCAGCCCCUCGUCGAGGGCAACCAGAUUUGGGUCCAGGCCGCCAACGAGAUGGACCCGGCGUUCCUCACCACCCUUUCCAAAGGCCAGGCUCCCAACGUCCUCUGGAUUGGGUGCGCCGACUCGCGGAUCCCCGAGACGACUAUUUGUGGCGGCAAGCCCGGCGACAUCUUUGUUCACCGCAACAUUGCCAACCAGUUCCACCUUGAGGACAACUCGGCCAACGCUGUGCUCAACUACGCCGUCCUCCACCUUGGCGUGACGCAGGUCGUUGUUGUCGGCCACACCGCUUGUGGCGGCUGCAAGGCGGCUUUCGGCUCGGCCGCGCCCGCCGCCGACGCCCCCGUGCCCGAGCACCCGCUCAUGGCGUUCCUUGACCCCCUCAUCAAGCUCCGCCACUCGCUCCCCGCGGACGCGACCAUUGACGACCUCACCCGCGAGAACGUCCGCGUCGGUGUCCAGAACCUCACUCAGUCGUCGACCAUCAACGAGGCGUGGGCCCUUGGUAAGCAGGUCUACGUCCAUGGCUGGAUCUACGACCUCGCGUCCGGCCGUCUCUCGGACCUGGGCAUGACGCAGGGCCCCAAGUAG